AUGUGUAUGCGUUUCCUGCGUCAGCGUGUCCUCCGUACUGUAUUUUGGAAAUGAUUUCGUUCGAAGAUAGUGUUGUGUACAAGCGAAAGGCUGAAGUAUUUGAAAUUCUCCCGCAGUGGAAAACACGUGUGUUGGAGCUGCACAGAAAUGAUUGUAAUGUGCAAGAAAUUAAAUCUUUAAACAUCCUUGUUGAUGUUAAAUCAAGGGAGGAGUUUGGACAGUGGUUGGCUCAGUUUGAAAACAUAACAAAAACAACUUAUACAAUAAGGUGCGCUGAACCUGCAUCAGGAAAGUAUGUUGUUUGCAAACAAAGGCUGGUCUGUCACCACAAUACUCGCAGUAUAAAAGUUCACGGUUCAGUGCAAAGGGCAACAAAAAACACUGACUGUCCAUCAAAAAUGACAGUGACAAUUCACACUGUGCGUGAUAGAUACAGAGGUAAGUCUGUAGAGAAAGCAAUGCUCUACAAGGAAAUGCCGUGUGAGGUUAACUUGGUGUUGGGUCAUAACCACAGUGUUGAGAGUGCUGCUGCUUUAAGAUUUAGACAACCAUCAAGUGAUGUCAAAGAAAAAUUAAUAUCCCUGUUUGAAAGAGGUCAUUCACCAGCCACUGCUCUUGAGUCAAUAAAGGUUGAAAUUCAGCUGAAUUGUUCAGAUUACCCUUUAGUCCUUGCAGACAGAAGCAGGUGUCCUGAUUACAACUUUUGCCACUAUUUGUUCAACAAAGUUUUUAAGAAAAAGUAUGGGCCAACAGACUUGAACAAAGAAGGAAAGCAGCUGUUACAACAGAGGUUAGAGGAAUACAACAGCGAAGUUGGAGCUGUGUGUGCCAAGAUGAUUCAGUAAGAUGAUGAUUAUAUAGUAUGGUAAGAGUAUAUUUACAAAUUUGUAGUCUGAUGAAAACUUUAUGCAUAUACAUUUAGCUACUAUUAAUAUUUGUAUAAUUGUUUUUCAGCAUUUGCUCACCACUGAUGCAAAAAGUCCAUACUCGUGUAAAAGCUGCUUCCAAACUUGUAUUUAUGGAUUCCACUGGUUCUCUGGAUCAUGACAGCAGCAGAGUGUUCGUUUUACUUACUCACAGUGAGUGUGGAGGUUUACCACUAGGAGUUCCGAUUAUGUCUUCAGAAAGCUGCGGAGUUAUAGAAAUGGGACUAGAGUUGCUGAAAGAGAUAGUGGGGGAAAAUAUUUUGGGGGAAACAUCAAUGGCCCAAGUGUGUUUCUGACUGACGACAGCCAUUCAGAACAAAAUGCAAUUAGAAGGUGCUUCCUAAACACAAAAGCUUUGUUGUGUAUAUUCCACGUCCUGCAGGCAGUGUGGCGCUGGCUUCUCAAAGCAAAAAAUGCUAUACCACAGCAAAAACAGUGAGAGUUCUUCCAGAAUUUCAAAAAAAUAAUGUUUGCGCAAACAAAAAAAAAAAAAGGAAGCAGUGGUAAAUUAUAAUGUAACAAGAGCGAACAUCGGUGAAAAUAAUCAAAAUUUAUUGAAAUACUUGGAAGGGUUUUGGGAUA